AAAGGCGCCACACUUGCGUCUAAAUAUUUCAGAACAUAUCGUAGCAGUUCCCCACUUCUUGUGACAGAUCCACUAAGUGACUUUGAGCAUGGUGAGGGAGAGGUUGUCGAUACUAAUCAAUUCGUGGAUAUUGGUUGUGCUACCAUGUAGAAAAUUGAGAAAUCUGUCUCAACGGGACUGUGAUAUGCGGAUGUUUCUAUGGCGAACAACCCAGGCAGGAUAUGCAAAAUCAACAUGAAGAUCGGGGGCAGAUGAUACACAUACAUUUGCUGCUAGAGAUAAAGUUCUUAUGUUUGAUUAAUCUACAGACGUAUGCAGGAGAUGCAGUUUGAAAACAAAUUGCACCCUCACUGCAUUGAGCCUUUGCAGUCGUAGCCAUGAAGCGAUUGGCUUAUGCUUUUAACCUACCAAACAGAAUGCAAACACAGCCCAAUUUGUGUGGUCCAACGAAAGUCGUAUCCCCAUUUCUUGAGCCACUCAGACGGGAAGCGUGUCGUUGAAAAUGAAUCGAUGUCACAGCAAAAAUGUGUAGCUAACGCUCAUUUUGCUAAAGUUGACGUUCACUUUUCAAAUCGUUAGCAUGAUAGAUCCGAUCUCGGGUGUGUACGUUAGCGUCCGAUCGACUUCUGGACAGACGCACAAUAAGCCCUUAGAGUAACCAACACGCUCUCUCAUGUCCAAACUCCAAAGCAGCUCACCGCGCAAAAUUUAUCCCAGCUCAAGCGUGCAUGAUGAGAUAGGCAAGGUCCACAUUCAUGUUAAAAGCUUAUGGCUCGAUGAAUUUGUGAGUAGUAUUUAGUUGGAUGGCGAAUUUCUGUCGUACUUCUAUAGAAUCGCUAUAACUCGAAAUGUUCUAUCAUCUCUUUCCAUGCUUCACGGCACAGUGCGCAAAUGGCUAGAGAGGUCUGGUCUUGUCCCAGUCCGAGUCAUUGGCGGUACUGUAUCAGCAUGGUUUGUGGACAUGACCGCGACUGAAUUCUGCAUAAACCGGACUAGAGGGCCUAGUCGUUGUCUUUGUGCCUCAGGAUGCGAAUUGAAGCAGUUAGUGGGCUCCUUUCUAUGAAUUUGCUUAUUUUUCCGCAAAACCGAUAAGCGUUUCGCGCCGUAAAAUUUUCGGCUCUUAUUGAGAGAAUUCAGUACCAUGUAAGCAGCCAUUAUUACGGCUGAUUUUCCGUCAGCAGUCAUAUUUAAAAGCUGUAAACUGGGGGCAGAAAACGCUAGAAAAGUGAGUCGCGCGUGAGCAUUCCGCGCUCGAACUGAGCUGUACACCAGCCCAAAAAGUGGCUGGUGUGUGCUGCGGCACGUCGAACUGUUUUCGUCGGAUCGAAUCUACCAAACCCAUUGUCGCGAUGAGUUAAACUUUCUUGUGUGUUUGUCGCUGAGAUGAUUAAUCUCUUUGGACAAGACCUAGCUACGAUAAAAUCAAACUGACCUUAUCGCCGGCCUCGUAUCGGAGGUUUACCGCCCUUUGCUUGGCCAAGAAGAGCGUAUUUUCAGCUCGCGCAAAAAGGGA